CAAAGAAAAGAGUAAGAACAGGCAUUUUAACACACAGCUCUCCUUAUUUAGAGCUUUUAAUCUAGAACUAUGAAAAUAAUCAAGUUUCAAUUUUGUUUCCUGCUAUAAUCAAUCACAAAAAACAAUGUAAUUGUCAAAAAAUGAGUCUUAAAAUGAUUCUGCUUUCUUUAUGAAUUUCACGAAGCACAAACGCAGAUUUUCCAACCGUUACAGUGAUGUUCACAGUGAAACAACAAUGACAGAGAGAUGGUAUUGGUUGCUGCAGCUUCCUGGCUAUGUGAUGUGACCCAAUCAGCUAAGGCUCUGGUCUCCCACCCACACACACACACUCACCUGUGUGGGAGUGCAGAACACACUGCAGGGCUAAAACACUAGUCCUUCAAAAGGAGCGUUGAAAGUUGAUGGUAUUUUUUUUUUUUUUGGCUUUUUUGUUUACAAAGUCAAAUCAUUUUUAAAUAACAGAUUUAUUUUGUACUAAACUUUAAAACUACUGAAUGUUCUGUUGUACCGAAAAAUAUAUUUUUAUAGAAAUGACACACAAAACAUUUUAGUAAAUUGAAAAAAAAAAAAGACAAAAAUAAUAAAUUGUAUUUUCUUUGCAUCUAAUGUUUUAUAUGAACAGGAAAUCCAACCUCCGUUUUAGGUUUUCUCUGCACCAGUAAAACAUUAAGCUACAUAAAAAAAACUUAGUUCAUUUCCCAUGGUGAAUGAAGCUGAUCCUGAUUACAUGUUUUGUAAGCCAUGAUGAAUUGUUGCACAUCCACUAAAAGUUGUUUCUAUUCGCCUGAAGGAAGCAUCCUGGGGGAAUUCACUAAGCAGCCCCAUUGUUGCAGCUUCUUACCCAUUUCUCCACUGAAUGCUCAAAGCAGAUUGCACAAACUGCAUUCAGGAGAAAACCUGCUCAUCAAAUCUAGCAAUUUGUUCCUACUUUUCUGUCAAGUCAGGGUUGUCCUCUCUUCAGCCACAAACACAGAGAUAGUGUGUGAUGGUAAGCCACACAGGGUAAGAGCCACACCCUACUAUAAUCUGGUUUUCCUUUAAUUUACUUUGUAGUCAUUACUUUAAUUAUUCCUUAAUUUUAUAGUUUCUUUGUUUAUUCCUCUAUCACCUUACAAUGUUUAUAUGAAGUGCACACAUAUUAACACUGCAAGGUCAAUUCAGUUCUAUGUUGUAUUAAUACUCUUUUCUUUGUUUGAGUUUACCUGGCUGUUUGGUGUUUGGCUUCCCCUUCCUGAUGGGCAAAAGGUGUGGCUAAGGGCUGAGAUUCCUGAAGUACUGCUGAUGGCCUCAUUGGACUGAACCAAACGCUUCAUGCCAAGUGGGGGGAACCUUAAGGUGUGGUUUGGAUUUAUUUCCUGUUAUUAUGUGGCAGCCAUUUUGUCUUCCCCUAUUGUGUGUGUGGUUUAGCUAAACCAGUAUUUAAGGGCCUUUAUGUGUUAGUUCAGGAGGUCGGUUUUGGUUUGUAUCUGUCUGAGUCUUGUCAGUGAUGAUUUUGAGUCUAGUAUCUUGAGUUGACCUCUUUUAUUGGCAUGCCUGUAUAAUUGCCCAUUUUGUUAACCAUUUUUUCAUGUUUUUUGGGUGAAUAAAACCCACUUUUUUUUAAUUCAACACCUGUGUCCUCUACUCUGUACUGCUUGGUUCCUGACAAUUGGUGUCAAGAGAGGGAUCAACGCAGUACUGGACACAAGUGUUUUUUUUUUUUUCUUUCUUUCUUUCCCCCCUUUGGCAAUUUCCACCCCCCAUCAAAGGAGGAUGCAUCGUGGUGGCAAAAGCGACAAGAAAAAAGGAUCUGUUCAGCCCCUCGGUGCAGAAGAAGAGGAAAAUGGAGCCUUUGGGGUUACUGAGACUAUGGAGGGAUCUGGUGGCUAUGCUACAUGCUCAUAUGGGGCAACAGGACGUCCGAGAUGCAAAACAGAGUGAGGUAAAUGUGCGUCAAGAACAGCGAUUAAAAGUUCUUCAACAUCAGUUUAACCUUUUGCAGUCUGAAAUACAACCAUCAAUAUCAGAUUCUCCAGCAACUAUUUCUGAUCCAUUAGACUCUGACAAUCAGCCUUCUACCUCUGCUCAGCAGGCCCAGGCUGAGGUAAUGUCAGGUGGUUCUAAUCCAACCAUUUUAUCGGCUAUUCAGUUCCCUCCACAAGUAGAUUGUAGAUUAGAAAAGUUAACUGAAGACGAUGAUGUUGAACAUUUUUUGGUCACAUUUGAACGUAUGGCUAGUGCUUAUCGGUGGCAAAAAUCUGAUUGGGUUUUUCACCUAAUACCAUUGCUUACUGAGGUGCCUACAUACAUAUGGACGUUGAUGAUGCAUUAGAUUAUGAUAAAGUCAAAUCUGCCAUCCUUUCGAAGUAUGACAUUAACCCUGAGUCUUACAGACAAAAAUUCAGGUCCCUGGAGGUCAAACCAGAUGAAAACCCUCGUGAGUUAUAUGCAAGGCUGAAGGAACUUUAUGGAAAAUGGAUGCAGCCAAGGGGUAAAACCAUUCAUGACAUUGGUGAAACUAUAAUUUUGGAACAGUUUCUGAGAAUGUUGUCCCCUGAGCUGCAGGUUUGGAUCAGGGAGCACAAACCUGGUUCAGCAAUGAAAGCAGCUGAGCUAGCGGAUGUCUUUGCCACUGCCAGAAAGAAGAGACAAGCCUGGAGCCAUAAUGCAUGGAAAACAUCCCGGGUUGUCCGGAGGAUUCCUCAGCAGUACCAUCUGGAGUCAGCAAGUGCUAGUAAGACUCAUCAGCUGCAAGGUCAGUCUACCACUAGGCCUUCAAAGGCCACCAGUAAAAAGAUUAUCUGCUAUCUCUGUGGAUUAGAAGGCCAUACAAAACCUAUGUGCCCUAGAAAUUAUGCUAAAAUGGUCCAGAUGUGCAUUGCCCCUCAGUCUAAGAUUGACCCUGAGUUGCAGGAUGACAAGACUAUCAAAAUGAAUCAGAUCAAAGUGAAUGGGGUUACCCUUAACGCGCUUCUUGAUUCUGGAAGUUCUCGGUCGCUUGUUCAUUCAGAUUUUAUCCCACCUAAUAGUGUUCGCACAGACGACAAAAUUUCAAUCUGCUGUGUCCACGGAGAUAAGAAAAGAUAUCCAACAGCUGACAUUUACAUUAAAGUCAGGGACCAGAUGUAUCUCGUGCAUGUGGGUGUUGUUAGCGUUUUGCCCUAUGCUGCUGUGCUCGGGUGUGAUCUUCCUGUGCUUUUUGAUUUGUUAGAAUCUGAUCAUAUUCAGGAAAGUCAUUUGGCUGUUACCAGAGCCCAGGCCAAGGCCCUGCCCUUUUUUCAACGAGGAACUGGAAACUACUGAAGUGAAGCCACGAAAGACCCGCAGACAAAAAAGGCAGGAGAAGUUCCAGUUUUCAUCUGUGGGAGUACCAAUGGAUACUGAGCCAGCAAUGCCACCACGUGGCUUUGAUAUUCCAAAGGAUAUUGCUGAACUUCAACAACCUGAACAGUCUUUGACACCUUUUUUACAGAAGGCAAAGUUAAAGGAACCCGGAGUGGAGCCAGACCAUAAUGGUGAGGAGUACAUUUUGCAAAAUGACAUCCUUUAUCAUCAGCAGGGAUCUAUGUUGCAGCUAGUGGUUCCCCAACCAGUGAGAAAAGCCAUUCUCACCUUGGGGCAUUCAAUCCCCUGGGCUGGCCACCUAGGUAAGCACAAAACCCUAGCUUGCAUUAAACGCCAAUUUUGCUGGCCUGGCCUGGGAAAAGAUGUGGCUCAGUUUUGCAGAAGUUGCCCAGAGUGUCAGAUAACCUCUGCUAAAAUUCCCCCCAGAGCUCCACUCCAACCUCUCCCUGUCAUCGGUACUCCUUUCGAGCUUCUUGGAAUGGACAUUGUAGGAGCUGUGAAGAGGAGUAAAACAGGGAAUUGCUACAUGCUUGUUGUGACAGAUUAUGCAACAAAAUAUCCUGAGGUGUUCCCUUUAAAAUCUAUAAAGGCUAGACCUAUUGCAUCUUGCUUGGUGCAGUUAUUUGCAAGGGUUGGGUUUCCACGAGAAAUACUAACUGAUCAGGGAACAAAUUUUAUGUCUACUUUAUUGAAGCAAGUCUAUCAGUUGCUGGGCAUCCGGAGCCUGAGAACAUCCCCUUACCACCCUCAAACCGAUGGGCUAACAGAACGCUUUAACCAAACUUUGAAACAGAUGCUCAGAAAAUUUAUCAAUGACAGUGGCACAGAUUAGGAUCAGUGGCUACCGUAUCUCCUUUUUGCUUAUAGGGAGGUACCCCAAGCAUCCACUGGUUUCUCUCCCU